AGACACGCCCCUUUCUCUCAUUUAACACAAAGAGAUAUACCGCACAACUGUUCCAUGUGUUCGUCAGUGUUAGUUUAAACAAGAAAUUGAUAGCGUUAAGGAUGCAUUUUAAUAUUGUCUUCGUUUGUGUUGUGAUAAGUUUAUAUGUGUGUGGUGUAUUUGCCGGUGAAUGCUGUAGAUCUUACACGGACGUUGUUGGUGAAGUUCACCAUCCACAAUGGUGCUCAGAUUUUUGCUGCCAUGAUCUCAGUACUCUGGGACUUACCUUGACAUGUUGUGACAACUCGGUGAUGCAGGCAGCAGACGAUAUGAGAGACAGUUUCUGUAUCCAGUGGUGGGCUGCUCACGUAUAUGUUCCUAUCCUGAUUGGAGUAGCGUUCCUGGUUUUGAUCACGGGUUGUUGUUGUUGCUGCUGCUGCGGAUGUUGCAGACGACGAAGUUCUGGCGUGAUCGUGCAGCAUCAAGGAGCAUCAGGGCCAACUAUAAUGGUACAACAACAACAGCAGCAGAUGUCACAUGGUGAUCCCUACCGCGCAGGAUAUAACCAAUGAAAACCUUCCUUUCUGUGCUACAAAUGACCAAUGAAAACAGCUGGUUUCAAAAAAGGAUUUUUAUAACGCAUAGCAACGCAGUUGUACUUUUAAGAAUACGAAAGACUAUUUAGUUACAUUUUCAUCAUACUUUAGAAUGAAAUUAGUGAAAACUUCUAUAAAUGUCUAUGAAUGCGACUUAUUAAUCUUGCUUAGGGACAGUAAGUUUCGUGUAUUCUCAUUCACAAAAAUAAAAAAUAUAUCAAUAUGUAAAAUUAUCCUGCACCCAUCCCCAAAGAUUAGGUUAAUUUUGUUGUUCAAGAUAACUUUAUCAAUAUAUUAAAUUUUCGGUUCGGUGAUAAAAACUGCAAAAAACAUUUCUUUUCACCAAACUGAAAAGAAAAGCGGUGUUUGACGAAAAUGGCCAUACCUAUCGUUCUAUAGUCUAUACGUGAAUGUUGAAGAAACAUAUCCAUUCAGACCUUUCCUUGCCCAAAUAUGCUAAUAUAUACUAGCAAUACCUCUAAAACUCAAAAAGUCUUGACCAUUCUAAUGUGUUUGACAAACAUGUUUGCUCCCCCUUGCUGCAUAAAGUAUGUGACAAAGACAUCAAUUAGUUAUGUGAUGGUUUGUCUCUUGACUAUAACAUCUUAGAGGAGUUUGUACUAAAUACAUUCUGUAAUUAUGACAUGGGACACAUUUGCCUAGCCCCUUGAAGUUUGUUUUAUGUUUUCUUUUUAUACUUGUAGUUUCAGCAUAAUAGUGAUGUGAGUGUGUGGGUGUGAAUUUUUGAGAAUAUUUAGUCAUUUUCGUUAUCUAAAUGGUCAUUGUAUAUACCAUUUUUGAAAUUAUUAAACACCAAUUUAAUGGGCAUCUUUUGAUAUACACUGUGUUUGAAAAUGGCAUUACUUCUUAUGAUAAAGAUGGAAAUCCUUUACUCAAAAUUAUUGUUUUUGUUAGAUACGACUUCAUUUGGCUGGGUAGAAAAGCCGCCUAUCAAUUUACAGACUACACAAUCUGAUUCAAUAGGCUAUACAGUGUAAAUGGAUAAUAAGAUUUCAAUGCUAUUAUUAAACAUGGUGUACAUUACAAUCAAAGGUUAAGAGACUGCUUUAAUUGAUAUAGCAUUUUUUCUGGUAAAAACUAAUUUAGUGUUUGUAAUCUUUUGUACGUUAUUAUGAUACUUUGAUCAGAAGUUAAAAUGUUUUGAAAACGUUUUGAUGAGGAUCUGAAUGGGCUUUUAAAAACGAUGACAUAAAAGAGAAUAAUGGGAUUUAAAGAAUAACCACGAAUUAAAUAACAGAUUAAGAUAAUACAAUACUGCUUAUAAAAGCUACAGAUGCACAUAGAAAAAAAAAGUCACUCAAAAGACGAAAAAAAAAACUUAAAUCAUUUCAAUGAGAUUUAUUUCUAAAGUAAAAGUGUUAUUAAAAAAAAAAGAUACAGACGCCUUAGAAAAUUACAAAAAAAAAGAAAUGUCCUAGAAAAUUAAAAAAACCAAAAUGCCCCCGCCUCAAAGCAAACCCAUCCAGACUCUUUUCUGCUUAUUUCUAUUAUUUUUAACUGAAUGAUGAUAAAUUGGUGAAUUUGAUUAUCUAUUUAUUUUUAGCCAGUACAUAGUGUAUUUGGAUAAGAAGAUAUAAAUGACAUUUUUAAGCGAUGUGUACACUACAAUUAAUAGUCGAAGAUUGUUUAAAAUGAUGUAGCAUUUUCUUCUGAAUAUUUGUUUGGUGUUUUACUGAUUCAAAUGAUUGUAAUAAACUUAGCUUAUAUGUUUAAAAACUUAUAUAUAAAAAGCUUUGGUCAGAAUUUUAAAAAAAGCUUUUUAUUUUUUUUUCAUAUUCGAAAGACGAUACAUUGCAGAAUUUUCAUUUCUUUUAAGUGGGUCAUCUGUUCACUUGAUAUCUCAUUUGUUUGUUUGAUAUGCAUAUUAUUCAUUGACAAUAAAACAUUUUCUAAUAUACCAGA